CCUCGUCGGUCCCAUGUGGUCACAGCCUGUGAGAGCCCAAUGACUUCCUUCUUAUUGGAUCGGUCUCUUUUUUCCAUACCAAGCUUACAUUAGGCAACUCCCCGAGGGCAGGAAAGUCCUUUGGUGCCCCUCAAUUGACCUCUUCUGACCAUGGAACACCAUCAAGCUGAGCUUCCAGACUCUGGUGAGGCCAAGAUUCCAGAAGCAGUCAGCUCUGAGAACCAAGAGGUCCUCUCACAACCAGAGGAGCGGCCCCAAGACAAGGAUGCCAGAGAUGCUGAUGGGACAGCUGAAGAACAGGAGCCUGUAGGCCAAGCUUCGCUGCUGGCCCAGGGCCAGGAUAACCUUGAGUUCCCUCCACCUGAUAUGAGUUCAAGCCAACUGGAGCUGGCCCAUGGGAUACAGCCCGAGAUAGAAACAGUGGGGGCCUGCUCCAGGCCCCAGGAGCUCCCCCUACCCCUCAGGGCCCGACAGCCUGAGCUGGAUUUCUACUGUGUAAAGUGGAUCCCCUGGAAAGGGGAACGGACACCUAUCAUCAUGCAGAGCACUAACGGCCCUUGCCCUCUCCUUGCCAUCAUGAACAUCCUCUUUCUUCAGUGGAAGGUGAAGCUGCCCCCUCAGAAGGAAGUGAUCACGUCAGAUGAGCUCAUGGCCCAUCUUGGAGACUGCCUCCUGUCCAUCAAGCCCCAGGAGAAGUCAGAGGGACUUCAGCUUAAUUUUCAGCAGAACGUGGACGAUGCAAUGACAGUGUUGCCUAAACUGGCCACGGGUCUGGAUGUCAACGUGCGAUUCACAGGGGUCUCUGACUUUGAAUACACUCCUGAGUGCAGCAUCUUUGACCUCCUGGGUAUACCUCUGUACCAUGGCUGGCUUGUUGACCCACAGAGUCCUGAGGCUGUGAGCGCAGUUGGGAAACUGAGUUACAACCAGCUGGUGGAGAAGAUCAUUACCUGCAAGCACUCUAGAGAUACCAACCUUGUGACAGAAGGCCUGAUUGCGGAGCAGUUCCUGGAGACCACUGCAGCACAGCUGACCUACCACGGACUGUGUGAACUAACAGCAGCUGCCAAAGAGGGUGAACUUGGUGUCUUUUUCCGAAACAACCACUUCAGCACCAUGACUAAGCACAAGAGUCACUUGUACCUACUGGUCACCGACCAGGGCUUUCUGCAGGAGGAGCAGGUGGUGUGGGAGAGCCUGCACACCGUCGACGGAGACAGCUGCUUCUGCGACUCUGACUUCCACCUGAAUCACUCCCUCGGCAGGGGCCCUGGAGCAGGGGGUGGCAGGGGCUCCCCUGAAAAGCAGCGCCAGGUAGACCAGGACUACCUGAUCGCCUUGUCCCUGCAGCAGCAGCCGCAGGGCACGCUGGGUCUUAGUGACUUGGAGCUGGCCCAGCAGCUUCAGCAAGAGGAGUACCAGCAGCAAGCAGCCGUGUUGCCCGCGCCAGUGCGGGCCUCACCACAGGGGAGAGGAGCCACGUCUGGUCGCCCAGUCGGGGAGCGUCGACAGAGGCCCAAACAAGAGUCAGAUUGUGUCCUCCUGUAGCUUUGCCCAGUGCUGGGGCUGCCCUGCCUCUUUCUCGGAGGCCAUGGCUGUGCUGCUUGCUUCCCCCAGCUCCACCCCUGAGAUAUGCAGGGUAACUUAUUUAUGGACUAUGGGGGAUCCAAGCAGGUGGUCAAUGCCAAGGUCAGACUCGGUAACAUCUUGCCCUCCUGUGCUGCUGCUUUCUCUGCCUCCCAGUCAUCCGGGGCAACACUGGGGUUGGUGGGGUGAGGAUUUCUGGUUGCCAGCUCCCCUUUCCCAGAACAGUCACACCCACAGACAGACUCAGGCUCCAGGGUGAGGUCCCUGUCUAGAAUGCACCUCCCCUGGCCAGGCCCUCCUGCCGAUCCUGCUGGCCUGUCUCCAGUUGUUUCAGGGUUUGGUUUGGGUUUCUAUCUCCAUUAUUUGUAAUGCUUUCCUAGGGGUUUGGAAAUAAAACUUCGUUCCUGAGA